AUGAGCGAAGUCUGUUCAGAGAGAAGAGGAAUAACAUGGAGUAUCUCACGCCAACUCGAAGAUUUGGAUUAUGCGGAUGAUAUUUGUCUACUCUCGCAUAAGAUCUCCAACAUGCAAGCAAAGAUGGAUGAUUUGGAAAGAUUGGCACGCAAUGUUGGACUUGAGAUAAAUAUCAAGAAAACCAAAGCUAUGAGAAUCAACAACGUUAGCACCGAUUACAUCAUGCUACAAGGCCAACCAGUUGAAUACGUAGAAAGCUUCUGCUAUCUAGGCAGUACAGUAUCAACAAAUGGCGGCGCUGAAACAGACGCAAAAUUUUACACCUUGUUAAAAUUGUACAACCAACAGGAUAUUUCGCACAUGCCACAAACUGCGCAAUUAUGGUUUUGUUGUUCAGUCGUAUGCCCACCAACAACAACACCACCACCACCACCUCAGCCUCAGUCACACACUUCUAAGCUGACUGACUCUGUGACGCAUUGUGUGUGCAAAGAACGCAAAACUAAGAAUGGCCAACCAAAGUGA